GGUCGCCGUCCUCCUCCUCCGCCGCGGUCGCCUCCUCCCGUCGGGCGGCCUCUGUCUCUCCCACCGGCCACCUCCAACUCCCUUCUUCUUCCUCUACUCUGGUAGGUGUCGAGGUGAUUGGAGAGGGAGGGCGCAAAGAUCUGAUUGGAGAUGAAUGCUCCUGACCGCUACGAGCGCUUUGUCGUGCCCGAGGGAACCAAGAAGGUAUCAUAUGAGCGGGAUACAAAGAUCGUGAAUGCUGGGUCAUUCACAAUUGAGCGUGAGGACCACACCAUUGGCAACAUCCUCCGCAUGCAGCUCCACAGGGACCCAAAUGUCCUUUUUGCUGGUUAUAAGCUUCCUCACCCCCUUCAGUACAAGAUCAUUGUCAGGGUCCAUACUGCAAACCAGUCCACCCCUACUCAAGCGUACACACAGGCAAUCAAUGAUUUAGACAAGGAGCUUGAGAAUCUGAAGCAAGCUUUUGAGGACGAGAAGAACCGCUACGAGGAAAGGCCUAAGCAGGGAUACUAGGCCAAUGCUCUUGGACGUUAUAAAACGCAGAACCUGUGUGGAUGUUAGAUCUGAUGCCUGAGCAUCCAUGGAUUUUUUUUAUUUUUUAUUUUUUGUCUUAUGGAUCCCCAGGACGCUACUAGGCUAAUCCAUGAACUCUUAAGGUAACUUGUGUAUGCUUAAACUCAAUACAAUGCAAUGCGGUUUCAUCUAAAUGCAUCCUGUCUUGUGUAUGCUCCAGCAGU